AUGAAAAAGGCUUUCAUUAUUUUAUUACUUUCUGUACUUGUUUUCGCAGCUGAAGAUCGCCAGCAACCAACAAACCCCAAAUGCAGACAACCUCUGAACUUAGGUACCUCUUGUGCUGCCAAGAAACCAACAAUCCGAUAUCACAUGGAUCCUGAAACUUUGACAUGCUUAGCAUUCAAACAUAAUGGUUGUGGGGGAAAUGACAACAGCUUUGCUACUAAGGGAGAGUGCUCUCAGACAUGCAUACCAGCCGAUUACUUAACAUGCUCCGCUAACAGCCCAGCUGUUCGCAGACCUAAUGGGGAUGCUUCUUGCCAAACAAACAUGAUCUUAAUCGGAGGGGAAACAUCUUUGGAUUCCGCUUGUCCAAAAGGUUCAACCUGUCAAAUGGGAUUUGUUGUGGGUCUGUGUUGUAACGAUACCAUCACAGCCGCCGUGUCUGCCAAUUACAAGCCCGAUUGUGGUCCCGGAAAAAAAGCGUUCAAAUCAGAACAAUACGGAUUUCAGUUGAUUCAUCUUGGAAAGACAUGUGAUAGCAACUUCUGCCCAGAUAAUUCGGUGUGUCGUCAAGGAUCCUACUUCGCCUACUGUUGUUACUAG